UGCUCCAGGACGGCUACUGGGUACAUUUUAAAUUAGCAAACUGUUCUAAAGGGGUCGGAAAGUCGAGAACCCAGAGCUAUUAUUCCAUAUAAUAUCUGUUACUUUACAUUUGCAUACAUAUGUUGGUCUACGCCUAAGAUGAUACAGAGAACACACACAUGAGGACAGUUUUGAUCCAGGAAAAUCAGAAUAUCCACAUUACCAGAGACAAUAGCGAGAAGGACAAUGAAAAAAAUCGGUGAACUUACCAGCUAAAACCAGAACAUAUUUCAAAUUUUUAAAGAAUUGUCGGGACACCGGGACACACAUUUAUGUCAACCGCCCCUGUUUAUCACCUAGCAACUGCCACUUCAGAGAGGCUGCCUCUGGCCCCGCCCUCCAGAGAUGACUGACGCCCACAAGGCCAACAAGCUCCCUGAAUGCCCCUCAGAGGGCGGGGCCACAGCAGAAGAGCAGGGCAUGCCACUGAGACAAGAGACCACACCUACUAGCUUUCCAGAGGGUGAAGAGCCAAUCAGCUCACAGAGUACAGAUAAACAGCCCGCCCCCGGGCUGCUCUCAAUGCCCUGCUUACUUAUGGAGCUCCACAGAGACACCGCCCUUGGGCAGCCCGCGGAAACGGAACGGCCUCCGACUGCCACUCAGCCCUGCCCACAAGAAGACAGCGAUUCGUCCGUCUGCCUGCAAUCACCUUCCUCGUCUGGUCACCUUGGUGAUUCCGACACACUUUCGUCUGCGGAGGAAGUGGCUGUGCCCACUCAAACUGCGGGCAGGAAGUCGCGGCGUUCGCAUUCUGAAAGUGACACAUCCUCUGUCGCCAUGGCAGCCAAGAAGAACCGUUGCCAGGAGAAACAAAUGAACGGGCGUGUCCGCGUGAGAGGGCCACGCAGCCAGCGGCAGAAGUUGCGCAUGCGACAGCUGCGACAGAAACGUGAGGCAGCAGCGAGACGCAAACCAGACGUUCUCCAGGACAGCAGCACCAGCGACAGUGACAUCUCAGCCCACUCUUCAUCUUCCUCACCGUUAACGGCCUCGUCUGACAACGAGGGAGAGACAAUCAACUCUCACACACCAGCUGGUCGUCGCCGAGCCGAGAGUUCUGGAGCUUCAACGCGAGGGCGGGGCCAACUUGACGUGGGUGUGGCCAGUGGAAGUCUGGGCGGCGUCUUGGAGGAAGCUUUUACACGAUUCGCCGCGAUGCAAAGACAGACCGAGGAGCGCUUUCGCGUGUGGAUGGAAAGAUUGACCCACCUCCACUCCGACGACGACCUUUCGUCCAGCGAAAAUACCGAGGGGCGGAGCCACGUUAGCUCGUUCCUGCCAUCAUCUGAGUCGCAGGAAACGCUGGCGGCAUAUCAGAUGGCCCGAAUCAACGCAAACACAGUCCCACCUGCACACACCGCUGGCCUCAAUGGAAACGUGGAGGCAUCUGAACCAAACGUUUAAGGAAUACGCAAAGAACUGCGACCAAUUCAAGCAUACUGAAGUGGAGGCUCACAACAAUUAUUUUUUUUCCUCUUCAUUUAUGUUUCUUAAUUCUGUCUUUCAACUUUUUUUCUAUUAAAGGCUUAGUUCAUCCAAAAUGAAAAUGGCAGCCUUUUUCCAUAUAUUGAAGCAAGAUGGCUCCAAAAAUUACAACAAACACCAUCGAAGUAGUCUAUAUGACUCCUGUAACGUAUUCCAAGUCUUUUAAAGCCAUUUGAUAGUAUGGUGCGAGACUCAAAAAUAGUCACUUGUCAUAUUCACUGAAGAAAUGCUCUACUAAAGAGUGAGUAAGUGAUGACAGAUUUUUCAUUUUUGGGUGAACUAUGUCUUUAACAUCCUCUGUCUCUCAUUUUAUCAGUUUGUCUCAUUGUUUGUUAUUCACAUCUCAGGGGUGCCCUCCAGAGUCAGUGCCUUUUGCCAUUUGUUCUUGUCUGUGGAAGAGACAACGCUUCAAUCCAUCUAGAGAUGAAUCAUUUCAAAGCAUCAUUUGUCUUGCCCAUUUAAUAUUGACUGUUUGGUGUGACCGAAACAGCUUUUCCUGAGAGACUCGAAUUAGAACUUUUGGUUUGACUGCCAUGUGUAUUUUGUGUAUUAUCUUAUGAUAUAUAUGCUCAUCUAGAAAACGUGGGCUAGAGUGUCUACCAAAGAACUCUGAACAUUUGUUUUGUGUUGUGGCUUGUUUUAGCUCAUUAUUUAAUCACUUCUGAGGUGGAAUAUGCAUGAUACAAGCUGAAAGUAGAGAGCUGUAAAACAGUGACAGCCUACACAUUGGAUUUAAUGCUAAAAACACUAAUAUUACACGUUUAAGCGUGUUUUAUGAAAAAUAACCUUUAAUAUCAAAAACGUAACGUAUAAUCAUAAACUUGGUAUCAUAUGAAAGCUUAAACACUCGACAUUCAUCCUAUGAAGUCUAUUUUGCAAUCAAAACAUCAGUGUUAACAGCCUGUGCUGCACAUGCAAUAAACAAGAGUGAUCAUUUUCUAUUUACAAAAAACAUGUCACAUGUGCACACCAUGGCAAGCAAGAAAUGUUAAUUUUUCAAUCUUUUUAAGGGUGAAUCUCACGAUAAACUGUCCGGCUCAUAUUUCGUUCGAAAAUAAAUAUUUAUUUUGCAUAAAGAAUAUGAAGCCUGUGUUAAAAACCAUUAAGAUUUGAUGCAUUGUGACAUCAUAACAAUUAAACACAUUUUCAUUUCAAUUUUUUUUUUUUUUAUUAGAUUACUACUGUAAUUCAUCCUGUAAGCAAUGCAGUAAAAUCAUCGGACAAAGAUUUUUCUUUUGAGCAAAAAAAUUUGUUUCAACAAAUACUACUAUGAUGUAAAUGCUUAACACAUUAAACAAUAUAUCUAAAAUGUUAUUUUAAAUACGAAAUAUAUUUUUUCACGUUAUAAUUCUCAAUUAAAUUGUCUUUAAAAAGUGUCUCAAUGCCAAUAUAAUUGAUCCCAUUUUAUUUAUUUUCAAAACCUAAUUAUAAUGCAAAAUAUACAUUUCUUUAGAUUUUUGGGUGAAAUAUGACCCGGAAAUGUUCUUGCCAUACUAACAAACAUGCAUACUCUAAGUUUACUGUAGUCACUGACUUCAGCUCACAGGACGACUUGAAAGUUGUUUACUGCAUUACUGUACACAGUGUGUGAAGGAGAACGUUUACUCUCUUUGUGUGUGUGUGUGUGUGUGUGAAACUAACCUGGCUGCCUAAAUAAGUUUAGUGUCAUAAUGUUUAGAUGGAGAAGUGAAUUUCCUUUGUGUAAUUGUUAGAAAGUCAGUGAAUACCUUUUUUGCUACAUUGAUUUUUAAAGUCCUCAACUAAUGCCUGACCAAAAUUCAAAAUGUGCCAGGUGGUAAUUAGUGUCUCUUCAUGUCUGUGUAAAACAUUAUUGACCUUUGAUGUUUGCUCAUUAGCUGGUAAAUAAAUAUACUGUAAUUUUUACCAGCAUUCCAUCUGUUUUUAUGUGAUUCACCUGCGACGUAAAUUUGAUGUAAACUGGUCUUUAUAAAAAGUCAAUAGAAUAUUCUGGGUUAUUUUCAUAUUAAGCCUGUGUACUGCAGCUUUUCAAAUAUGCAGCUCUCAGACUGUUUUGAAAGUAUAAUUAUAACACUUGUAUAGGGUUGUCACAAUACCAAAAUUUUAGUAGUCAAAAUACCAGUUAAAUUUCACGAUUCUCAAUACCAAUUUCUAUACCACAAAAUAAUAUUAAUACAUGCUAUUGAACACUUCUUAAGCCUAUUUAACAAAGUUACUUGUAUCAAAGUAAAUAAAUGUAAACAAUUGUAUGUUUCCUUGAAGAGUUUCUCAAUUGUGUACAUUGUUUUUGUUUUUAGCAAGACCAUAUAAAAAUCAGGGUUUUUUUUCCCCCCUUU